CUGGGUCUUGUAGUCUGGAGGUGAAGGGUUUCCUGUGUGCUGUAGUAAGAGUAAAAGCUGCACUGGAUACGGGGAAUGAAGCGAGACACGGAGUCUUAGCUGGAAACUGACACGAGUAUUAUAGACACGGGCACCGGGACUGCGGCACAGGCACUCGGCACACAAGCAGUAUUAUAGAAACCCAGAUACAUGAAUUUCUCCACACAGCCGGCCGCUGCGGACACUUCAUAUACAGCAGCCGUGCCAUGGAGGAAGUGGAUCGGAUUCUCAUUCAUACUUUGCGGACCUGUGGCACUGAGGUCCCAGAAGACGUACAGAGCGUGCGACAGUUCAACACCGAGCUUAUUGUAGAGGCCGUGGUGAGAUGUCUGCGAGUCAUAAACCCCUCGGUCGGGGCAAGUCUCAGCCACACGCUGCCCCCGGGCAUGUCGGCUCGGUUCCGCAUAGGCACCAGUUUGGCUCAGGCUUGUCAGGACCUGGGAUAUUCUGGGGAAAUUGGUUACCAGACGUUUCUGUACAGCAGCGAACCCGACAUCCGAGCGCUUCUUAUCUUCCUGGCAGAGAAGCUCCCCCGAGACUCGCACGAGGACGCUCAUCAGCCAGCAGGAAAAUCUACCAUCCUCCAAAGAGACAUUGGAGCCAAAAUAAAACAACAGAUGUCUCUCCCUUGGGUGCCUCCUUUAUGUCGAACUGCCUCUCUACAACGAUCUCAGAGCCUGUACCGGUUGCAUUGUUUUCAUUCCCAGCCUCUUUCUUUGGCUGGAGAUUCUUCCAUGAAAUCCGUCCCAGCUGAAAGGCAGGAGUAUUGGGCCAAAUACCUCCCGUUUGUGACUGCACAGCUGCCCCACGUCUCCUCCGUGGCUGCGUCCCUGCUGGAAAGGAACACUGCAGAGAUCAGCGCCGUGCAGGAAUGGGAGGCCGAGUGGAAGAGUCAGGGCUUGGCUUCUCGCUUACCCCCCGAGGAUUACCGCAGUAAGAAACGCCAGCGACUUCAGAAGCGAAUACAGGAUCAGCUACGCAAGUACAGCCAGCUCCUGACAGAGAAUCAGAUCCCAACGUCUUCCUCGCAAGACCUCCUGGACGUCUUGAGGGCUUUUAACAUGGAGGGCGCAGCGGAUCAGCACAAAGGGUCUAGAUUCACUCAUGCCCAGAAGUUCACACACCAACAGGAUCCUCAAAAACUGAGAGAGCAAAUGCAAAGAGCUACAGAAGUUCUUCCCAAGAAAGACACACAGGACGAGGAUGCAGAACAGCGGGAGUUGACAUCUUUGCAGCAACAAAUUGAUGUAAUGGAGAAGGAGAUCCAGGAACUCACUGAAAGCACCAAACUUCUCCAGCUGACCUUGACUCAGGCUGGUGGGGAGGCCGGUGAGAUGCACCAGCAAUGUGAGGAGAAGGAGAAGGUGGUCAGAGUGAAGAAAAGAGCCGUGGAGCUGCUUCCAGACGCAGAGAACAACCUGACCAAGUUACAGGCUCUGGUGGACAGCAGUGCUCUUCGGAUGGUUAAUCUCGUGGGGCAAUGGGAGACUCACCGCGUCCGCUUGUUGGAGGAAUAUCGAGCUCUAAGGAAGGCUCACCAGGAGCAGGAGGAUGAAUCCUCGCGCUGGAUGAAAGAGGCUAAAGAUUUGUACGACAAGAUCCGCGGAGCAGCCGACGAAGCCAAACGCAAGGAGGAACUCUACAAGCAGCUGAUGUCUGAGUACGAGUCUCUGCCCAAAGAAGUCUCCCGGGCCGCAUAUACCCAGCGCAUCCUGGAGAUUGUGAGCAAUAUAAAGAAACAGAAGGAGGAGAUUACCAAGAUCCUCUCGGACACCAAGGAUCUACAGAAGGAGAUUAACAGUCUAACUGGGAAGGUGGACCGGACCUUCGUGGUUACAGAUGAGCUCGUGUUUAAGGAUGCCAAGAAGGAUGAGCCAGUGAGGAAGGCUUACAAAUACCUGGCUGCUCUUCAUGAGAAUUGCAGUCAGCUGAUCCAAACCAUUGAGGACACUGGGACAAUACUUAGAGAAAUCCGUGAUUUAGAGGAGCAGAUAGAGACAGAGACCGCCAAGAAGACCCUGAGUAAUCUACAGAAGAUUUUAGAGGAUUAUAAGGCCAUCAAACAGGAGAAUGCCAUUUUGCUUGGACGUGUCAAGGAGGCCUAGAAGAUUUCAUUCCACGAAGCCCCGUCUUCAGCUUUUUAUAGCCGAGGCUAAGCGGGGAUCUCAUUUAUACGUGUACUGGCUGCGUAGCGGGCAUAAUACUCUAUUCUUCAGAUUCAUUUGUAACACAGAAGGACUCUCCGUACUAAAUAAAACACAUCUAGGUA